UUCAGUCUUCGUACGUUGUAUUGAGAUUUUGAGCGCUAUGCCUCCUAAAGCAUCUGGUAAGGCUGCGAAGAAGGCCGGUAAAGCACAGAAGAAUAUUUCAAAGAGUGACAAGAAGAAGAAGCGGAAGAGGAAGGAGAGUUAUGCCAUCUACAUUUACAAAGUUCUGAAACAGGUUCAUCCAGAUACAGGCAUCAGCUCGAAAGCUAUGAGCAUAAUGAAUAGCUUUGUUAACGACAUCUUCGAGCGAAUUGCGGCUGAGGCAUCGAGAUUGGCCCACUAUAAUAAGAGGUCUACGAUUACAAGCAGGGAGAUUCAGACUGCAGUAAGGUUAUUGCUGCCUGGAGAACUGGCGAAGCAUGCAGUCAGUGAGGGGACGAAGGCAGUUACGAAGUACACGAGCGCUAAGUAAAUUGAUUUGUGAUGAAACGGCCCUUUUAAGGGCCACAAAUU